CGAAAUUUGGACGGUGCGCAUCGCAAGGUCGAGCCACUGAGCCUGCGUUCACAAUACCUAAGGAUUGUAUCUCCCCCGGCACCGCGGUCGAGAAGUCUUGUUAUACUAGCUACCUAAAGGCACUCUCCAAAUUCGGUCGUUUUCUGGGCCUCCCGCGCUGCGACUUGUGUUGCUCGGGUGUCCGAGCUCGUGGCUAUGGGGGACGUACGGCAACAGCUGAAUCAUCAGCUAUUUGUUGGGUUUGGGGAAGCGGGAAUAGCAUCCCAAACACAAGGGAAAGACACGCGGUCCGCAACCUCCGAAGGAGGUGGCCCGACGGAUAAGCUCAGCGAAAAGCUGGUCCUCAGCGUGAGGGUGUCUGAAGAGUCGAAAAAAGGCAAAGAGAAGGACAAGGAUAAGGACAAGGACGAUGAUGGGGCAAAGCGGGGGAAGUCUAGUAGAAAGUUUCGAUUCAUAUGCAUCACUGUGAAGAAGAACAUGAAGAUCCGCAUACAUAAGGUCAAACAGAGCAAGGGAGGGAGCUUCACCGUGAGCAAGACAUGGGGACUAGACGACAUCAAAUCUAUCGAGUCCAUCGAGGACACACAAGUGCUGAUUAACUUGGGAAAGCCGUAUCAGUGGCGCCUCGAUGACAUGGAGAAGAAGAUAGAGUUUCUUUUCACUCUGGCAAAGCUCUGCAGGAAGUACCUGAAGAAGCAACCGAAGUUCAUCAAUGUGGAAGAAGAUUCUCUGAGACAGCAGAUGCACUCGGACACCAGUUUCCUCAGUGCCACGGAAAAGGAGUUUACGAAUACUAUGGCUGCUAUCUCGAAGCGGGGGAAGGACGACGUGGUGGCUGAGGAGGAUGAAGCAGAUGACAUCCUUGCCGAAGACCCGGUCUUACCACUCAUGGAGCUCGAUGGGCCAAACAUAGACCUCGGGGAAGUCCUGAAUGACUUCGAUUGGGAGGCCAGUGGAGACGCAGCAGCCCUUGAGACGAGACUGGUUACGGAAUUGCAAGCCUUGGAAGCGGCGAACGUACACGCCAUAAUAGGCAGUGAAGAACAAGCGAACCUCGUAGUGGAUCAACUCGAUCAUGCUAUCCUGCAGCUCGAUCAGAUUGAUGAAUGGAUCUCGCAUUAUACCCAGCUUCUUGAUAGCAUGGGACAAGAUGUCCACCAAAUCGAAAUCCGCCACAAAGGCAUGCAAAUAGCGGCUGCGAACCAGAAGGCCUUGCUGAAAGAAGUGGAGAGCAUUCUGGAAAGCUUGCGGCUUCCCGCCUAUAUUUUGGAUAUCUUGCGCAAUGAGCCCUUGACGGACGUCGAUGGGAUAAGUCAGAGCGAAGAUGCAGUCAAGAAGCUCAAGGAAGUCACGCAGCGGAAGAUAGACAGUGAUGUUUCAUCGCUACAGGCGAUCAAAGAGCGUUUAGCUUUCCUCAAUUUCCACGCGACUAGCUUCGCAGUCCGGUUACAUGACUAUCUGAAUGGGUACUUUGGCACACUGACAGACGCAUAUCUGCACGAUAAAGCUCGGACAUCAAAGAAAGGAGAUCUUAGACUGCACAACCAUGAUACGCUGGAAGAGAAGCUGUAUCGGUUCUGCUUCCUGCUGAGGUGGCUGAAGACUGUCGAUACCCGGAAGCAUUACAACCUGCAAAUGUCAUACGUCCAGGAGAUCGCCCGGGUUUACAAUAAAGAAGUCCAUGACUUUGUGGAACAGCUGCGAACACACCAUAUACAUCGGCGGACGGAAUCAGAGGAGCAGGACUACGUAUUCUCCCUCCCAUUGGUAUCGGUCUCGUCCGCUGCCACCAAUGCCAUCAAGUCGGCAAUUCCAUUCUCUAAGGCAUCUCAUGGGACCCUGCCCACGGACAAGCCAGCACGGAGCGGCCGAAUCAAGGGCGCUCCAUGGAAAAGCCGACAUCGCGAUGGCGACCCGGAUACCCCGGAAAAUGAUGGUGAUGAUGUUGCUAGUCUUCGCAGACGGGGUUCAACUGCGACCCGAAGCUCCGUUGCAGGAAACAGCGUUCUCAGUUUAGACAUUGGUGGAGACGAGAGAAUGCCCCCGGAUGAGGCAUUGAGACACACUCUUUCGGUCCUACUUCCCGUCAUGGUGCGCGAGCAAAACUUCAUCACCGAUCUGUUUAGUCUGCACAAAGACGGCGAAGAUCUGGCAGAUCCGCAGGCGCCAACAGCGGAUCAACCAAUUGAGCGGAUCCAUGACUGGCAGGACUCGUUAGGGCAGCCACGGCCGCAGAACAAUGAUCUCAAGCUCAAUAAGCGGAUCCAUGAACUCCAGCAGGGCAUCUUUAACGACGUGCGCGCCGAGGUACUCGGCACUCUGGACUUUGCCCUCAAAGGAGACCAAACCUACGCUAUCGGGAUGAUGGUUGCAGUGGAAGAUUUUGUCGACGACUAUAAGGAGACGUGCCAUUCGUACUUGAUGGAAGUCCUCGAUGAUAUCAACAAGAAAGUGGGAGGUGUCUUUGAAAAGUUUCUGGAGGAACAAAUCAAAGCCAUCGACGAAAGCAAAACCACGCUCAAGAAGCGGAACGGCAUUCUAUCCUUUGUACGGACCUUCCCGAAAUUCGUCCAAAGAGUGGAGAACAUCCUCAACGGCUCCACAGGAAAUGCCCAACGCACAAUCAACCAAGCCUACGCGCGCAUCAUCAAGAUGAUUUUUGAGACGCUUGAUACGAUGGCACAACAGGUCACUGUGGACGUGAAGGCGGCGCCGGAUGACAAGGAAUCGCUGAAUAUCCAUAUUCUGCAUGUUGAAAACAUGCACCAUUUCUACUCGUUCAUCAGAGAAAGGAAGGUGCCCAGCCUCGAUGUAUAUGUCAAGCAGGCGAAGAGCAUCUACGAUGUGCACCUCGAUGCGUACUGUAAAGUCGUGAUUCGCAAGCCGUUGGGGAGAUUAUGGGAUUUCUUCGAAGGUAUUGAAGGCCUUCUGAAAACCAAUACGCCAGAGGAAAUCAACUACCACAUGCAAUACAACAAAGGGGCGUUGAAGGAAGUCGUUCGGAAGUAUCCGGGGAAGGAGAUAAAAAAGGGUCUCGAAUCCCUUUACAAAAAGGUCGAAAAGCACUUCACGGACGAAGAAGGCCUCCUGCAAGUCGUCUGGCGCGGCAUCCAGGAGGAAACUGCCAAACGAUACAAGCGCUACGGGGAGCUCAUCGAACUGUGCUACCCAGAGACUGUCACGAAGCUGGAGUUUACGAUGGAUGAGCUGCUGGGAUACUUUUCGGAGUUGGCUAGGGCUCAUUGAGUAUGAGACGAGCGACCUUAUUUUUUGGGAUGGGGGUUGGCUUUUGGCCGUUUUUGAAGAAGGU